UCGACAGCAGUUAUGCGAGGGGACGUCGCUUUCACGAUUUGAGCCGUUUUUGUCAAAGUGUGCUGUGGCUGCUCGCUUCUUUAAAUAGGCUUCUCCUGGUUGUUUAUUUGCUCUUUGUCCGCCACCGGCACUAUUCUGAUGUCUACUUCAGGACUGUGAGUAACGUCGGCAGGCAGAGCCCUCGACUGAAGCAGCGACUGUAGCAGAAUGGCGUAGCAUCCCCGGCGGGCAUCCCACAUCUCCAAACAACACAGGGUUAGCUGUGCCCGGGACUAACAACAGUCCGGUGUCCUUUGUUGUGUUAGCAGCAGAACUGGUGUUUCUCAGAGACUACGACACUUCUCCGGGACAAAAAUGCCUUUUCUUGUAACGGACAGAGCAGCCUGGAGUCGAGGCGCGGAGGAGAUACGGUGACUGCGGAGAAAGUACUCUCUGCUGUGCCCCCCCCCCCCCCCAUCAGACCGCAAUGUUUGGACUUGUGGAAGAGACGACGGCCAGCAGUAUCUCUGUGUACAUUUAACUACGCUUUAAAGCGUGCUCUCCUACAUCACCCCCUCCCACCUUCAACUCCCCCAAUGAUGACAUCUCCGGACUCUCCCCCACUGGUAUCCCCCUCCCCAUGCCCUCCUCCCCCUCCGUCUCUUCCCUCCUCCCCCGUGCCCUCGUCCCCAGCCCCAUCCUCCUCCUCCCUCCCCGCCCCACCCUCAUUGCCACCCACAGGGGAGGUGAUGGUGCUGGCUCUGGGCAGGAAGAAGCAGCGGGUGCUAAUCGCUCUCUCAAUCCUGCCCAACCUUUUCCUGGCCUUUCUGCUAUCUUCUGACCCCCUCAUCACCCUCUCCCCGCCCCACCACUGCCACCUGCCAGGGUCUCUGCAGUCCCUGGAGACCCUGAACACCUCCCUACCCUGGGAGAAGGGACAGAGGCCUGGGGAUAGUGGGGGCCCAUCCCAGUGUAAGCAGUACGUCAACAGCAGCCAGUCGGCUGUGGUGGACUGCGAGUCAGGCUGGGACUACAACAUCACAGAAGGGCUGAGGAACAACAUUGUUACUGAGUGGGAUCUGGUGUGUGGCCAAUACUGGUUGGUUCCAGUGGAGGAGGUAUGUUUCAUCCUAGGUGUCCUGACUGGCUGUCUGGGUCUGGGCUAUGCUGCUGACAGGCUGGGCAGGUCCAAGACUCUGCUGACCUCCCUGACUCUGUCGGUGGUGUUUGGGGUGCUGGUGUGUGUCUCUCCGUACCCCUCCAUCUUCAUUGUUAUGCGUUUCUGCCUGGCGGCUGCUAGUGCAGGAGUCUACCUCACUCUGUACAUCACCCGUCUGGAGCUGUGUGAGCCCUCUCUGAGGCUGGUGGUGACCAUGCUGGCUGGUCUGAUGACUGUCACCGGAGAGCUGCUGCUGCUGGCCGUGGCCUUGGGCUGCCAGUCCUGGAGGGGCCUGCUGGGAGCCGGGGCUGCACCACUAACACUGUUUCUCAGCUAUAGCAUUCCUGGGGUUUUUCCAGAGUCCCCUCGCUGGCUCCUUCUGUCUGAGCGAUCUGCAGACAUGAACUCGUUCAGCGAGAGAAGAAACUCCAACAGAGAUGUGAGGGAUGACGAGAGCUUCACAGAGCUGGAUUCAGAACCAGCCCCUUUUUCACGACCGCACCUGUCCUUCCCUGAACUCUUCCACAGCAGGAACAUCUGGAAGAACAUGUGUGUGCUCGGCUUCACCUCAUUCAUCUCCCAUGGCAUUAGUCACUGUUACAGCUCAUUCCGAGGUGACGUCAGAGGCACCGCCCCCAGUUUCUACUGGAUGUACCUGUUGUCUGUGUGUGCAGGAGGUGGUGCCUGGCUGUUGCUCUGGGCGACUGUGGACAGGUGCGGUCGGCGUGGCAUUUUGCUCCUCUCCAUGACAAUGACGGGGCUGGCCUCUUUGAUCCUCCUGGGACUCAUGGAGUAUCUCAGUGAGACGGCAAUCACAGUUUUCUCAGUGCUGGGUCUGUUCUCCUCUCAGGCCACCGCCUCCCUCUGCAUACUCUUCACUGCAGAGAUCAUGCCCACCAUCAUCAGGGGCAGUGGUGUGGGCACUGUAUUUGCCCUGGGCUGCGUGGGCCGUCUCAGCUCCCCGCUCAUGGACCUGAGGAACCAUUACGGCUACUUCCUGCACCAUGUGGUCUACUCGUCACUGGCUCUGCUGGCCGUGCUGUCCAUCCUGCUGCUGCCUGAGAGCAAGAGGAAGUCGCUGCCCCAGACGCUGGCUGAAGGGGAGCAGUACAGACGCCCCCCGUUGGGUAGGAGGAGGAGGGACAACGUGCCGCUGCUUGCAACACCCAAUCCCGAGACCUAAAAGACCUGGAGAGAGGGGCCUAGACUGUGCUGAAAUAAGUCAGCAUGAGGCCAGAAGAUUUACAUUUGUCAUGUUACUGCAGAGGAGAAGAAGGAUAGAGCAUCACAGAGACUUAAAGACGGAUGAAGAAUGAACGUGAAUGAAGCUUCUUAACAUAUCAUCCUCUAGUCAUUCCAAACACAGACUGUUGGGUUGAGUGGCCAUUUUUCUCCAUCUUCCUGUUUCCUGUCAUUCAGAUAUGUGUGAAUGUGUCUGAACACACACGCAUGCCACAUCAUCUUUCCUACAUCUCUUCAUGACAGACAGUGGGUGCACCCCACAUGUGACACACCAGCAUACACUGCUGGAUGUCGUCAUCCAGUGUGUUGGUUGUAGAGAUGUUAGCUGCUUACUACUGACAGUCCAAAUGUAGGUUCGGACAGUUGUCUUAAAUUAUUCUUAGUGUUUGUCUAAACCUGCAUAGACCAUUUUUGUCUUGUUUGCUGUAUACAGCAAAACAAAACGUGCUCAGAAGUGUAAGGAAAGUAAAUGAAAGUCAAUUUUGUAUACCUUUCUGUGAUGUACAACUUAGCUGACACUACUAGGGAUGCCCCAAUUGAUUGGCUGCCAAUCAUGAUCGUCUGAUUUUCAUAAAAAUAAGUGAUCGGUAGAUCUACAAAUUAUCCUAGUCACCAAUAACCUUAAAACCGAUCACUCGUGGUUAAUACUCUUGUGUCCGUGGCGGAGAGAGGCACUGUGUGCUUUGUAGUGUAGUCCCGCCACCCACCUUCUUCACUGUGUGACAGGCCACUAAAACAAAACAUUUCAGCCAUGUGGACCACAAAAUAUAAUGCAAUGCAGGGCUCCAGACUAACUUUUCACUGGUUGCAUGAUUUGGUCUGGCGUAUUUCUUCAUGAAGGAGGCUCCAAGGCUUACUCUUCUUUAAUCAUAUUAAAUAAAAAUGUAAAAUUAUAUCACUA